CAGUGUGUCAUAGGUAAUACGGAAGUAAUAUCGCAUUUAACGUUACUGUGCGCGGAAGCCUUUCACGUGAAGACUGUAGUUAGAGUAGCUAACUAGUCUUUGAGACUUGGCUUAUCAAAAUGUCAUUUUUCCAUGUGAUUUUGAGCUGGGCUGCUGUCUCUCUGCUCUGUCUGAUUGUCAUCUUGUUUCUCGGUUACUGCUUAUACAUCCAAUACAUUCAUAUGAAAUAUGACCACAUACCUGGGCCACCGAGAGACGGAUUCCUCUUCGGACAUAUAACGACGAUUCUGAAGAUAAUGAGCAACGACGGAGUCAUAUACGACAAGUUCCUGCAAUGGUCGGAGACUCAUGGGUCUGUUUGCAGGAUAAAUGCUUUUCAUUAUGUUUCUUUCCUUGUGACCUGUCCAGAGGGAACCAAGGAGAUCCUGAUGUCCGCAAAGUAUCCAAAAGAUAAAUUCUUCUACAAGAAACUCUUCAACCUGUUUGGUCAAAGGUUCCUAGGUAAUGGCCUGGUAACAGCACAGGACCAUGAACAGUGGUAUAAACAGCGCCGGAUGAUGGACCCUGCGUUCAGCAGCUUGUAUUUGAGGGGUCUAAUGGGCACCUUCAAUGAGAGGGCAGAGAAACUGACGGCUAAACUUGCAGAUGCUGCUGAUAACCAAACGGAUGUCACGAUGCUCCAACUAUUCAACUUUGUUACCCUUGAUGUUAUUGCUAAGGUUGCUUUUGGUGUGGAUUUAAACCUGCUGAAAGGUUCACCUUUCCCUAAAGCCAUCGAGACAUGUCUGAAAGGGAUGAUCUACUAUGCCAGAGACCGCUUUUUUGAGUGGAACCCGAAGAACUGGACAUUCGUUAAAGAAGUAAGGGAAGCUUGCCGCCUGCUGCGCACGACUGGAGCUGAAUGGAUUAAUAACAGAAAGGCUGCCAUGCAAAAUGGCGAUGACGUUCCAAAGGACAUCCUCACACAGAUCAUCAAAUCAGCUGGCAAAGAAAAAAGCGUGACGAAAGAAGACGAAGAGUUGAUGUUGGACAAUUUCGUGACAUUUUUCAUUGCGGGGCAAGAAACAACCGCUAAUCAACUGGCUUUUUGCAUCAUGGAACUUGGAAGACAUCCCGAUAUACUGGAGAAAGUGAAGAAAGAGGUGGAUGAUGUCAUUGGGAUGAAACGGGAAAUCAGUUAUGACGAUCUGGGGGAACUGAUCUACCUCUCACAGGUGCUGAAAGAGACUCUGAGGCUUUACCCGCCAGCUCCAGGCACAUCUCGGGAUAUACUGGAAGACAUUGUCAUUGACGGUAUCCGCAUACCCGGAGGAACCUCAUGUUUCUUCAGCAGCUAUUCAGUUGGGAGAAUGGAGAAAUUCUUCAAGGACCCGCUGACAUUUGAUCCAGACAGAUUUCACCCAGAUGCUCCCAAGCCUUAUUACUGCUACUACCCCUUUGCCCUCGGCCCACGCUCAUGCCUGGGACAAAACUUCGCUCAGAUGGAGGCCAAAGUGAUCAUGGCCAAGCUGAUCCAGAGGUUCGACUUCACCCUUGUGCCGGGACAGACCUUUGACCUGCGAGACAAUGGCACAAUCAGGCCGAAGAGUGGAGUGGUGUGCUCUGUCAGACACAGGAAUCACAAGAAAUAAAUGGUCAUAUGGUUACCGUAUAACAUAAGAUGAAACCCUAAUGGUCCAUGUGGUGAAAUUGGUUUGUUGGGUUAUUUAGACCAGCUUACUGCCUGCAGCUUUGACUCCUACCUAACCUAAAAGCCUCUAAAAGUACUUAUUAAUUACUUUUUCUGUUUGCUUUUUUAGACUUUGUUAAGAAAAUAGUAUCGGCGGUGCUUGUUUUAAUGAUUUAAACAGUAUAUCCAUGUGUUUAUGAUGAUGAUUGUUAUUACCUAACAAUAAUGAGGAUAUAGGAAAACAAAUGAGCUACUUUUUGAGUAUCAUUAGCACUUUAAUCUUGAGGGAAUUAACCUUUAUAUCUGUGUAAAUGCUCUUCCAUACCCGCAGAGCUUCUAAACUUGAUUUGUGCCUUUAAUACUGAUAUCAAAAUGCUGAAUUUACCAUUUUUACACAAAUGAAAAUAAGAUUAUUUUUACUAAUGCAGGGGGAAAAAAACUUAUUUUGUUUUGCACUUUAAUAAACUGAUGAUUAAUUUAAUGCCAAA